AUGGAAUCCGAACCCUGGAAUAGUAGCCCUGGCCCCGACAGGGCCAGCGCAAGUGCAACGACAGGCACGAGCCAGGUGGAAAGCUACAUUCCAACGCACUCCUCAUCCACCAGCCGGGAGGAUCUCCACUGCUGCUGUGGCCGGAAGGAGUGCGCAUACCUCCAAAACAACCAUGUUGCGCUGGAGGGGCUCGAGAAGGAUCUCGAGACCGCCGCGCGGUUAGGCCAGGCUCUACUUCAUCGCCAUGAAUCUUAUAUGGCCGAGGCGGAAGAGGACCGUCGCCGGUUAUUUGCAAGCAUCGACAACUUGGAGCGCGAGAAGCGCCAGGUCCAGGCUGAAAAUGCUCGCAUCGUCGAGGAAAAUCGCAGCUUACUCGAGCAGCUAGACGGCCUAAACAAGGCCGUCGCGGACUCUGAUGCCCAUGCCAAAACACUAACCGCCGCGCUGGAGAGUAGCGAGGCGGAGCUGCGCAAUCUGACUGCAUCGGCGGCGCGCGCCGCCGAUCUCGAGGCGCAGCUGGCUCAUAUGGAAGCGGAGCAGUCGAAACUGCAGGAAACGCUGCUGAUGGCUCAGGAGGACUCCAAGUCGUCGAUGCAGCGGUGGAAGAAGGCCGAGUGCACAUUGCGAGACCUUCAUGACCAGGUAGAUCGCAUUGAAAAGGAGGCUCGCGAGGAGCGCGAGCGGCACGCCGAAUUAGUCCAGCGGAUGGAGCGUCGGCGUGCGGUUGAACGAGAGCUUGAAGGCGCAGCAGGCCGACUCAAGGGAGCAGCGGCUGCUCAGAACCUGGGGCGGACGAAUGGUACAAGCGGCGUGGUGUCGCGCUUUGUCAAGGACAUACUCCAGGACAAUGCUAAUUUACAGAUGGGGGUCAUGGAGUUGCGGGAGAUGCUUGAGAGCUCCAACCAAGAAGUACAGAAUCUGCGCGAUCAGAUUCUAUCGCACCAGCCUCUAGCUGCGGUUGAGAAUGACCGACCAGCGACAACGUUGAGCCAGGAGCUGGAAACAAACGAGGCGAAUCGGGUUUCACAAGAGUUCCAUAUCCACCAUCACUACCAUACCCCGACGGCUGCGAAAAAGGAGAAGGGCUCUCUUUUUCGUCGGUCCAAGAAGCGCCGCUCUCUGGGGAACCCGCCUCUGCAUUCUGCUACAAGUAUACAAACCUCCCGCAAGGUCAAGCAUCGGUCUCAGCCUUCUACUUCAUCUGCUUCCACAAUACUGUCGCAAACGUCCGUCUCGAUACCCCCAGCCUCGUCACAGCGUUGGACGCUGCAAUCUCCCGUGCCGCCUGAUUCCAUGGCCAGCUCGCCUCAGUCGGCUUAUCGGUCGUCUAUUUCUAUAUUUGACCGCGUGGAGCGUGGCUUCGAUUCGUCGCAGCCUACCAGCCCUGACAGUGCAGUCUUUACGUCGCCACUCCGGAAUGGACGAUACAAAAUUGGCGGACCUCUGGAUGCAUACCGCACGUUGGAUGGGACUGACGGCGGCCCUAUGAGCGAUGAAGAGAUUAGCGAGCUCGCUGUGCAGGCAGCCAUCCCAGAGGAGAUUGAAGAUGCCCUGCCGAUUUCUCGAACUCAAUCUCCUACCGGGGACGAGGACAUAUUCUUCACAUCCUCGCCGUACGGGACAGUGCGCAGAUCUACCUCCCACGAGAGCCUGUUCUCAGUUGCGGGCAUGGACAUCCACACGCUCAGCCAUCGCCCAUCCCGCAUGAGCGAGCUUACAUCUGGCGCUCUCCCAAUCAGUGUCCAGCGUCGAAUCUUGUCAUCCGACCUCUCCUCUACGCUGACUUCAACCACGACUGUCACCGCUGGCCGAGAGCCCGCGAGACCUUCGCACAAGUCACCCCAGUCCAUUCUCGCUUCCGUCGCAGCCACUCACGCUGCUUCACAGCAACAAACUGAUAACAACCCGACCCCUUCAUCCUCACCCCUGGACGACUCCGCCCUCACACCAACCCGCAUUCUCACCCUCGGCAGCCGUGUCGGCGGCUGGGUUCGUGGCCGCUGGGGUACUGCCCCAGUCGCCUCCCGCAGCAGCCUCAAGCCGCUCACGGAGGAACCUUCGCCAGCGCAAUCCUCCGCUUCGUCAACAGUCUCAUCUGAGCGGACAUCCGUUUUAUCCUCUUCAGCGCCAGCGAAGCGACCUCCCAUGAGAUUCAGAUACCCAGGCGUGAACCAAAAGGGUCCGAUUAUGGGAUUUCGGCCGCCGCCUCCACCGCCUGUCUCUAUUCAUGCUGAGCAAUUGAAUGAGGGCCUGCUGAGGGAGAGUCUCGCUGAGUGA